AUGCUUGAACGGAAAUACCGCGUCCGCGAGCCUGUCGACUCCAAUCAUUCCACUGCCUGCGCCGACCCGACCAGGGACUCUUCUCUUCCCGCCAUGCACCCCCCAGAUCUUACUCCCCCGCGCACCUUCGCUCCCGAUGCCUCGCUGAUUCUUGUCGGCAUCCGCGGCUGUGGCAAGCGAUCGUUGGGGUUUGUUGCGGCGACAGCACUGAAGCGACGCUUCAUCACAGAGGACCAUUACUUCAAAGAGAUCACCGGAGUCACGCGACAUGGAUAUCUGAAGGAACAUGGCAGCCAGGAAUUCCAGCGCCGGGACAUUGAGGUGGUGAAACAGAUGAUCGACAAUCACCGGACUGGGUGUGUGAUUGAAUGUGGGUUGGGAAGUCUCACACGGCCUGUCCAAGAUCAUCUGCGGCGCAUAUCCACGACGAACCCGGUGGUCCACGUCGUUCGGGACAUCGAUCGCAUUCAGCAACUCCUCGGCUUGGACGAUCAAUCGGUACGGCUUUUGCGCGAGGGAGACCCGUUACAUCGAACCUGCUCCAACUUUGAGUUUUACAAUGUCGAGGACCGUACGCGCGUUGUCUCAGAAGACGGAAGCCCCGACCCUCGAUCGGCAGCUUACUCAUUCAAGCUACAAGAGGUGAAAGAGGACCUUACCCGAUUUGUCCGCUUUGUGACGGGAGUGGACGUGAACCAUUCUAGUUACGACUCCCCCUUCGUCCUCUUAGAGACACCGCCGGAGCUUCGUUCCUUCACCCAUGCCAUCUUCGUGCGAUCAUCGGAUCUUCUCGCGGAUAACGUCAAUCUGCCAGAGCUGGAGUCCGGUGGAGAUGCCAUUGAGCUCUGUGUCGACCGCUGGGGCCCUGAAACGCCAACCGUGAUCAGCAAGCAGGUGUCUGUGCUUCGCCGCAAUGCGCGGAUUCCCAUAAUUCUUUCCGUGGACACGUCGUCCACAAGUGUUGGAAAGGAGCGUGAUCAGUUGAGAACAUAUUUUGAUAUUUUGGAACAUGGUCUUCGCUUGGCUGUUGAAUACUUGGUUGUCGACCUCGGCCAGGACCGGUCACAACUCGCCCGGAUUAUUCGCGCUCGGGGCAAGACCAAGAUCAUUGGCCAGCAUGUCCUUGAAGCGUCUUCCCGUGUGAAAUGGGAGGACGAUGGCUGCCUUUCUCUGUAUAACGAGGCGGAAAAGCUAGGUUGUCAGCUCGUGCGCCUACUCCGGGUAGCCACGUCAAGGGAGGAAAACGCGACGGUCCUCGAGUUUACCAACAGGAUCCGAGCUUUACCAGGACAGCACGCCCCCCUUAUUGCCUACAACAUCGGUCGCCUAGGACGCACGUCACAGGUGUUCAACUCGAUUCUCACGGGGGUGACGCAUCCUGCCAUUACUCGAGAGACAGAGAAUGACCUUGAUGCACUAAUAACUUCGCGCGACGCCGUUCGAGCUCUGUUCCAGAGCUAUGUUCUUGAUCCCCUGAAGUUCUGUAUCCUGGGAGCCAGAGUAUCGUACAGUCUGUCACCUGCUAUGCACAACGCAGCCAUUCAGCAUUGUGGCCUGGGCCACGUCUACAGGAUCCCUGAUUCCCCUUCUCUCGCAGUAUUGGAUGAAUUCCGGCGGGACCCUAAUUUCGGCGGGUCUAGUGUUGUUCGACCGUGGCGUGUGGAGCUCUAUCAUAAACUUGCCGCGAAAAGCCGACACGCAGAGGCUAUCGGGGCUAUUAACACGAUCAUGCCCUUGCGAGGUACUUCUGAUGGAACGAUGUAUUCGCUCCAGGAACAAGCCAGUCGACGCAACCAGGCCGGCCCGGUGUUGGGGUGGUAUGGCGAGAACACGGACUGGGUGGGCAUCAUGACCUGCAUCGCUCGUCACCUGUCCCCCCGAAAUGCCAUUAGUGCAAAGACAACUGGCCUUGUCAUUGGCGCCGGUGGUAUGGCGCGAGCAGCCAUCUACGCGAUGCUUCGUUUGGGCUGUCGUAAGAUCUUCAUCUAUAACCGAACUCAAUCGCGAGCGGAAGAGGUAGCACGGCACUUCAACUCCUGGGCGGCGUCUCAGGUCGACUCAGCUGAGGUGGUUCGGGUGCUCCGGUCUCUUCAGGAUGACUGGCCCGAUGAUGCCAGUCCACCUAGUAUGAUUGCAUCCUGCGUGCCUGCUGACCCAGACGGAGACGAACCCCCGGCCAACUUUGAGAUGCCGAUGCAAUGGCUCGGCAGUCCAACUGGGGGUGUGGUGUUGGAGAUGGCUUACAAGCCUUUGGACACGCCUCUACUACAACAGAUGCGUCGGAUCCGAAAUGAUAAUGGACGGCCAUGGGUUCUAUCUGACGGACUGGAAAAUGUGAUAGAGCAAGGCAUUGCGCAGUUUGAGUUGAUGACCGGCCGCAAAGCCCCCCGGCGCCUGAUGACCCUGGAGGUUCUUCGCCACUACGAAGGGGAAAGCGGCCGAUUUGAUGAAGAGACGAUCCAGGCUCGAUUGGAUGGCAUUUGUUCGUAG